CGACGUCGGCGCUCGACACGGAGAGCGAGCACAUUGUGCAGGCGUCGCUCGAUCAUCUGGUGGCGUCGGGCAACCGGACCACGAUCAUCAUUGCGCACCGUCUCUCGACGAUCCGCAACGCCGACCGCAUUGCGGUGCUUGAAGCGGGCAACGUUGUCGAAGAAGGCACGCACGACGCGCUUCUGCAGCUGCCGCACGGUCACUACAAGACGCUUGUCGAGGCGCAGAUGAAGAAGGCGCCGACCGACAGUGACGCUUCGUCACCGGUGGUCGUCGGCCGCAACCGCCUGAGCACCAAGCAGUCGCUUAAAGAAGCCUAUGCCACCGACGCCGUCUCGGUGGCCGCACAUGGAAUCUUGUGCUGGGUGGUAUCGGUGCGGUCCUCAACGGCGGCGUCUUUCCCGUCUGGGGCGUCCUCUUGA